AUGAAGUUCUCCCUCCUUCCUCUCUUGCUGGCCCCAUUGGCUUCAGCACACUUCCACCUCGAGUAUCCCAUCUCUCGCGGCUUCGAUGAGGAUACAAUGCCUAAUUUCCCUUGCGGUGGAAUGUCCCAAUCCUCCAACCGUACUCAACUACCCAUCUCCGGCUCUUUCCCCGUCGCCCUGUCUAUGGGCCACAUCCAAUCUGCCGUCGAGGUUCUGAUUGCUCUCGGAAGUGAGCCGGGUGACAGCUACAAUAUCACCCUCGUGCCAACCUUCCAGGUCAAUGGACUGGGUGCCUUCUGUUUGCCGCAUGUUGAUUUCAGCGAGGCCCUGCUCGGCGUCAACAUUACCGAUGGAAUGAAUGCCACCGUCCAGGUUCAGACCAAUGGCGACCCCAGCGGUGGACUCUACGCUUGCGCCGAUGUCCAGUUCUCCUCCAGCGUCACAUACAGUGAGCCUUCGUCCUGCAAGAACAACACCAAUGUCGCUGCUUCCGCCUUCCCAAGUUCAUCCGCUCAGCGCAAUGCCAACGAAUCCACCGCCGAAGGCGCGGCUCAGGGCUCUUCUGGCAGCAGCACCACUUCCGCUUCCACUUCUAAGGGAGCCGCCGUUGCGUUGCAGACCGCUGCUUGGGGCGUGCUCGGCGCUGCAUUUGCCGGUGGCCUGGCCGUGCUCUAA